AUGUCGGAAUCUCAUCCUGUCGGCGCACCACUCGAGGCGCACCUAGAGUCGGAGUCAGAGUCUGGCGCAGAAGAACAACCACAGGAAGUUGGAGAGGGCUCGCAAGAUGCGACAACGACUGCAACUGAGAAGACCAAGAAAAAGAAGAAGAGAUCAAAGAGGUCCAAGCUGGUCUCUGCUCUCAAAGGAGAGAAAUUGUCCGAACCCGCCGAAUCCUCCAAGUCUCCCUCCAAACUACCGGACGAAGCUGUAAAGAAGUUGCUCGAAAUGAACCCCUCACUAAAAGGCGAGUUGGCCGGCAUACCUCCUGAAAAGGCGUCUGAGAUCUUGCGGAAGAUGGAUGUUUCACAGCUGCUGAGCGGAAUCUCACUGAAUGGCAAGAACCAAAAGGACAUGGCAUCAUACAAAUUUUGGGCAACCCAACCUGUACCCAAGUUUGACGAGAAACCUGAAGACAGCAGACCAGACGGUCCUAUCAAGGAAGUCACACCAGAGAUGGUCCCGAAGACAGCGGCGCCUCUGCCUGAGGGCUACGAGUGGUGUGAGCUUGACCUGACGAACGACGAGGAGAUCAAGGAGGUUUACAAGCUGCUUUCGCAGCACUACGUGGAGGACGACCAUGCCAUGUUUCGUUUCAACUACUCGGCUGUCUUCUUGGACUGGGCUCUCAAGUCUCCUGGAUGGAAGAAGAGCUGGCAUAUCGGUGUGCGCGCUAAGGGUCCCAGCAGGCUUCUCGUGGCCUCUAUCUUCGGCAUCCCGAUCAAGCUCAGAAUACGACAAAACGUGCUAGACGUGGUGGAAAUCAACUUCUUGUGCGUCCACAAGAAGUUGAGGUCUAGGAGGCUGGCACCGGUACUCAUCAAAGAAAUCACGCGACGAUGUAACCUGGAUGGCGUAUACCAGGCAAUUUAUACCGGUGGUGUCGUGUUACCUACCCCCGUAGGAAGUUGUCGCUACUUCCAUCGCAGUCUUGACUGGUCGAAGCUCUAUGAGAUUGGCUUCUCCCCGCUUCCGCCGAACAGCACUCCGGCCAAAAUGAUUGCUCGCAACCAACUCCCUUCGAACACAAGCACACCCGGAUGGCGAGUCAUGGAAGAACGAGACAUUGAGCCCGUGUACGAUUUGCUCUCACGCUACCUCACAAGGUUUGAACUGGCCCAAGAAUUCACCAGGGACGAGGUCGAGCAUUGGUUCAUCAACAAGCACAAGCCAGAAGACCAGGUCGUAUGGUCAUUCGUGGCCGAGCAGGAUGGCAAGAUCACCGACUUUGGCAGCUUCUACUGCCUCGAGAGUAGUGUCAUUGGGGAGAUGAGCAAGAAACACGACAAGAUCCGCGCGGCAUACCUCUACUACUAUGCCAGUGAACAUGCAUUUAACCCGAAGGAAAAGGGCUUGAAGGAGAGACUGACGCAGUUGGUCCAGGAUUUGCUCAUUGAGGCAAAGAAGGCCAAGUUUGACGUCUUCAACGCCUUGACGCUGCACGACAACCCGCUGUUCCUUGAACAGCUGAAGUUCGGCGCCGGCGAUGGACAGCUGCAUCACUAUCUCUACAACUGGAGAACGAAACCUAUCAGUGGUGGAAUCAAUGCCAAAAACCAACCGGACGAAUCAAAGAGGGGUGGCAUAGGAAUUGUGCUCUUAUGA